AUGCAGCGCCUCCUCUUUUUGGUGGCAGCAUCUGCUGCUCUGGCGUCAGAUGUGACUCCUGUCCAGAAGGUCAUCCAAAUGCUGGAGGACAUGAAAGAGAAGGGCAAAAAAGAGAUGGAGGCAGAACAGGUCCAGUUCGGCAAGUUCGAUCAAUUCUGCGAGAUGACACUAGCAGACAAGGGCCGCUCAAUCAGCGACGCGGCAGAUGAGAUCGAGAAGCUCGAGGCGGACAUCCAGCAGGCAAUCUCUGAAGCGGAGCGACUGACUAAUGAGAUCGCUGCUCACGGGAGCGACAUCGAGUCUGCUACCACUGAGAAGACCGAGGCCACCGCCCUCCGUGAGAAGGAGCGUGGUGAGUUCCAGGCCACGCUGCAGGAUUACACUGAGUCGAUUGAUGCCAUUGGCCGGGCGUUGAAAGCCUUGAAGGAAGAGGACAAGAAGACUUCCUUUGUGCAGCUGACAGCUGCCAAGAGCUUGAAGCUGAUGCCCAGCGAUGCCGUCGACAGCAUUGAUGCCUACUUGAAUGCCAACAAGCCUGACAAGCCGAGCUUGAUCAUGGAAGGAUCUGCGGCUGCCAAGCCCGAACCAAAGACCUACGAGUUUCAGUCUGGAGCUGCGAUCACCAUGCUGGAGACCCUGGCCGACAAAUUUGUCGAAGAGCGCAACAAGCUUGAACAGGAGGAGCAGGCGAAGCGCCACGCAUUCGAACUGCUGGCGCAGCAGCUGACAGCCCAGUUGGCACAGUCCAAGAAGGAGAAGAAGGAGAAAGAGCAGUUCAAGGCCAAGAAGCUGCAGAGCAAAGCCUCCUUCGAGGGUGACCUUGCAGAGACAAAGGCUGACAAGGAGGCCGAUGAGAAGUACUCUGCAGAUUUGAAGGCAACAUGCCAGAAGAAGUCUGCAGCCUUUGAGGAACGUCAGAAGACACGGAAGGAGGAGAUCGAGGCUGUCAGUAAGGCUCAAGAGAUCAUUGCCAGCGGCUCUGUGUCUGGCAAGGCGGAGAAGCACCUGCCCAGCCUUCUGCAGAGUGCAGGAACCGGCGCCGCGCUUGCCUUCCUCAGGUCGGAGAGCCACUCGCCAAAGCAAGAUCAGGUUGCACGAUUCUUGCAGCAGCAAGCCACUUCCCUGAACAGUCGCGUGCUGUCGGCCCUGGCAGUGCGUGUGGGUGCUGAUCCGCUUGGCAAGGUGAAAAAGAUGAUCGAGGCUCUCAUCACCAAAAUGAAUGACCAGGCAAAGGAGGAUGCUACAAAGAACACCUGGUGCGUCACAGAGCUGGCCACCAACAAGGCCACACGGGAGGAGAAGACGGACACAUCUGAGUCCUUGCAGUCGGAAAUCGACACCUUGAAGGCCUCCAUUGCCAAGCUUACAGAUGAAAGCAACACCCUCACCAAAGAAAUCUCUGAGCUGGACUCCGCCAUGGCCAGCGCAACAGACCUGCGCAACAAGGAGGCAGAGAAGAACAAGGUUGCCAUUGCAGAUGCCAAGGAAGCGCAAGCAGCUGUGGCCCAGGCCCUGACGGUUCUCAAGGAGUUCUAUGCCAAGGCUGCUGGAGCAACUUCGUUGGUCCAAACUAGCUCUGCCAGCUUGCAUGGUCAACCCGAGAUCUUCGGCGAUGAGGCCUACACCGGCAUGGGCGGCGAGAGCGGUGGCGUUCUGGGCAUGAUGGAGGUCAUCGAGAGCGACUUCGCCCGUCUGGAGGCAGAGACCACCGCUGCCGAGGAGGCCGGGAAGAAGGAGUAUGAUGAAUUCAUGGAUGACUCCAAGGCGGAUAAGGCGGCCAAGGACAUCUCCUUGAAGCAGAAGACGACCAAGAAGAACACUCAGGCGCAGGAGCUAAGCACGCGUGAGAAUGACUUGGAGGGAACCCAGAAGGAGCUGGAGGCUGCAAACGCCUACUUAGAGAAGCUGAGGCCGGAGUGCAUUGACACCGGUGUGGCCUACGCUGAGCGCAAGGCCCAGCGUGAGCAGGAGAUGAAGGACCUCCGCGAGGCAUUGGACAUGCUCAAGAACCUCUGA